AGAAAAAAUUACAGCAGCCCCAGCGCCGUAGACGAACACAGCCCCUUUGUAGCGGCACACGCUAUGCUAAGGUACAGAGCACCUCCAUCACUCUCCCUGAGGAUGCUAUCUUCUUCUUCACCCUCACUGCACUCCCUAAACCCUAACCCUAAAUCACACCCCGCCUCUUCAAUUCCCGAUUCCUCCCCCAAUCGCCGUCUUCAACUCUUCUCUAGUCCAAUUCCAAACCCAAUUGGGAUUUUUAAACACUGUAACCCUCAAAGUAUGACUCUUUCUAGAUGCUCAUCCGGGUCGACCAACCCAGUACCCAUUUCGAGCUUACCCGAAUCGGAUGAUCCGGAUUCGAAAGUUCUGGUCGUCGUCUCCUUCUACAAGUUCGCUGAUUUUCCUGACUGUGCUCGUUUGCGGCAACCCUUGAAGCAACUCUGCGAGGAAUUGCGCGUUUCAGGUGGGAUCAUACUUGCACCGGAAGGGAUCAAUGGCAGCAUAUGCGGGAGCAGAGAGUCGGUGGAGAAAGUUCUGGAGUUCAUUCAAAGUGAUGAGCGCCUAAGGGGGCUGAGAAGAUUGGAGUCACCUGUGAGUCCGGAGGAUGAAGCCAUUCAUCACGGACACAGUAGCAGUUCUCCUCUGGCAGCAGGGGAGGAUGCACCCUUCCGAUGGGAUCAUGUGAGGGUCAAGUUGAAGAAGGAGAUUGUUACCCUUGGCAUGCCUGCUGUGUCACCUACUGAAAAAGUUGGGAAGUAUGUGAGUCCAAGUGAAUGGAAUGAGCUGAUUAGUGAUCCAGAUACGGUUGUAAUUGAUGUGCGCAAUAACUAUGAAACUAGAAUUGGGAAGUUUAAGGGAGCAGUUGAUCCGUGUACUAAAGCAUUCCGGGAGUUCCCGUCUUGGGUAGAGGAUCAGUUCCAACAUUCUGAACCGGAGAAUGGACAUACAGAAACAAAUGGCAACAGUUCAGAUGGAAGCACCAAAAUUCAGCCAGGGAUUUCAAAACCAAAAACACCACCACGAGUUGCCAUGUACUGUACUGGGGGCAUUAGAUGUGAGAAAGCUUCUAGUUAUCUCCUUAGCAAAGGUUUUGAAGAGGUUUAUCAUCUAGAAGGUGGGAUUCUGAAGUACCUCGAGGAAGUUCCAGAGAAAGAGAGCCUGUGGGAGGGAGAGUGCUUUGUCUUUGACAAGAGAGUCUCUGUUGAGCACGGUUUAGUACAAGGAAAUCACAAGUUAUGCUAUGGGUGUAAGCAACCAGUCAGUGAUGCUGAUAUGGAGUCUCCUCAGUGGGAAUACGGGGUUUCAUGUCCCUAUUGUUACUCGUCAAAAACCAUCGAAGAAAAGGAAAGGGCAAGAGCUCGACAGAGGCAGUUUGAGACAUGGGGUAUCAUUGGCGGUCCAGACAAGGGCCGUAAGCAAGAUACUAUCAAACAGAGGCCUACUCAACUGUCAAAUUCAAUUUAGAUGGAGACUUAAAAAUUGGAAUCUUGUGUCAACAGUUUGAAUUUCGUCAAUGAGGAAUCCAAGCAUGUGUUUUUGACCUGGAAUUUUCGUAGCUGCACUUAGUGAUGAGUUGGACUUCGACAACUUAUGAUUUGGUUCCCCCUAUCUGCUUGUAUUUGAUUCUAAACCAUGACAAAGUUGAUAUGUAUGUACACCCAUAGGCACUGUUCCAAGUCUUACAACAACACCAUCACUUAAACUUCCAUGGAA